AUGAAUCACGACUGCCAUCCGACGGCAUCUCAUAAACCGGUAUGCGCCGGGGCCCACAGCCGAUCGCACACUUCUCUAAGUUAUCACAUCGUUCCAAACUCCUACCGGCAGCAAAAAGGCACGCCGAGGAAGCUUUUCUUUCCGCCCCCCCCCCCCCCCCCAACCGAAGGACUUACGAGUUUUCUUUAA